AUGUCAUCAAGACAUGAGGUUCCUUCAGAUAUCAAUGUGGAUACGUUCCACGAUAUCCUCAACUCUUCCUCCCCAUCCUCACCAACUCAGUCUUGCAGCAUAGACGAGUCGUACAAGUACAUCUUCCUUCCCAUUUGUUAUUCCUUCACAUUCAUCUUUAGCAUCUCUCUUAACUCUGUCAUCCUCUACCGUUCUUUCCGUCGGACCAAACGCUGGAAUGCUUCUUUAAUAUACAUGGUUAACCUGGCCUCUACAGACUUUAUGUACGGCCUGUCGCUGCCAUUUCUUGUAGGAAGUUACAUAAUGCGUGACCGCUGGGUUUUUGGGGACUUCAUGUGCCGUGUGGUUCGUUUUCUCUUCUACUUUAACCUCUAUUGCUCCAUCUUCUUCCUCACUUGUAUCUCUGUGCACAGAUACCUUGGUAUUUGCCAUCCAAUGAAAGUGAUAACGCUGGAGACCAAGAAGGCCGUCAAGUGCACUUGUGUCCUUGUUUGGAUAAUAGUAUUUGCCUUGACUUGCCCCAUCUUCCGUUUUGCUCAGACUGGUCAUGUGACAAGAUUAACAGGGUUUGGAAGCAAUGUAAGUACUGACAACCCGAGUAAUAGCAUAUCAUCAGAAAAUGGUAAUGCGGGCUAUGGUAAAUUGGAAGGGGUAAUUGAAGAGUACCAGAACUGCUGGGAUGAUGCCAUCGAUAAGGAGUUUCCUGAUUAUGUACCCUAUGGCAUCACACUCCAUUUGCUGGGCUUUUUUGUGCCAUUUUCCAUAAUCGCUUACUGUUACUCUCAUGUAGUUCUGACCAUAUUUAGGACACUGCAUUCUCAGCCCUCACUGUGCAGAAAUCCAAUGGAUGAAUGCAUGGAGAGAAGAGAUGGGAAAGCCUCAGCAGUUGUUAGAACGGGAAGAAGACGAAGCAAUGGAUUGCAGAAGAUGGCGGGACGAGAUGAAGGGAUUUCCAUUUCACUUGGUGCGCACUCCCCAUAUGCCAGUCGAAGGCGUAAAUCUAUCAAAACUAUUAUCACUAUCACCCUGCUAUUUGCUCUGUGUUUCUUCCCCUUUCAUGUUACCAGAACCAUCUUUCUUUUGCUGAAAGUGACCAAGGGAGUUCCCUGUCACACCAUGACGGCAGUCUCCAUGUGCUAUAAGAUUACCAGACCUUUAGCAUCGUUCAAUGCAUGGCUCAAUGCCCUUCUUUACUUUCUGACUAAAGAUAAAGGAGGAGCUCACUGCUGCCAAGCAGUAAACACCCCUACCCAGCAGCAUGCUAUGCUACAGUUGCCACUAAGAGUGAUGGGAAAAGGAGAGGGUGAAGUGGACAGAGAAACAGAAGACCGUAUUGACAAAAAAGAGAAUAAAGCAUGUCAAAGUCCAUCAUAUAUGAACAGAGCAAAAGUUAAAUAUGUAGCUGAAUGA